UUGUGCUGUGCUGGUGAGCGGCUGGAUCUCGGCUCGCAUUCGCGCUCGUUUUCGAUCCGCGUUGCACAUUGCAACAUUGCGAAAGGCGCCGUGGCAGAGGCUGGACGGUAGGCCUAUCUGGCUGGCGGUUGUAGCGCCCCGGUGUGGAAACGGAGCAGAUUGGCCGGGCUGGCGGCGGCGGCAUUACAGUGCUGGUGAUACGAUCAGGCAGACAGAGGGAGGGAGGGACAGGGAGAGAGGAAUCCCGGCUUGGAGGAGGACUGUUUGGGUGCCCCGUGUGUAGUGACACCCUGGGCCACCCCAACUCACUCUCAGCCACCUCCCCCCUCCCCCACCGCACUUCAUGUCACUUGACAAUUCGCAGCAGAAACGGUGCGAAGUGUGGUUCGCGUAUAUGGUAGAGUGAAGAGAGAAAUCAAAUGCUUUAGAAACAAGACUUUAUGUGAAGUGAUGGAAUGAUUUCGUGUUGGGGGAAGAGUGUUACUCCACCAUGCUUUGUAUAGUGAGUUGUGCUCACGACAGUGCCGGUAAUGAAGGAAUAGAAGUGGUGGUCGUGGUCGCACUGUACUGCGUGGUGAGUGUCUUAUUGCGAAACAGUGCAUUUAUGUAAACAGAAAGAAAAAACACACAACUUAGGCUUUGGUGAGGCAGAGGGAAUGCUUUUGUGUCGCGGUUGCAGUGAAUGUGCAGCGACGUGGAGAAUAGACAGUGACAGUGUCUGGGGUCAGGAUACUUUACUCGAAAUGUUGAUCGAUUCGCCCGAAGACAAUGGACAUUGCAGGGACCUAAACGUGGUUUGAGUGUUUCGUGAGAGCCGAGCAGUGCGACGCGAUGGAGUUGUUGUGCGGCGUGGGUAAGCCUCCGCGGCGCUCUGGAUGGGAGUCGGCGUGGGGGCGGGCCAGCGCGGGCAAGGGCGCCCUGAACAAGGAGGACCCGUGGGGCAUCAAGCGCUCUGCCACCAUGCCACUCUCCGGCUCUGGUUUGGCCCGGGGAGGAGCCCUGCGAGGCUCUUCUCCACAAGCGCAUCGCCGCCACCUGCUGCCCUCCACACUCCCUUCUGCCACCGCCGCCCGACGCGCCAGCCGCGACCCAUACAGAGAGCCGCUGUGUCCGACCGACGCCUCCAGAGGCGCUGAUGAGGAUGUGGUCAUCGUUGAUGACAUAGGGGAGCCUGGUGUCUUGCGAAGGUCUCAGACACUGCCAAUGGGCGCCUUCAGGAAACCCCCGACGUGCCUCAGCGGCGCAACGGCCCCGUUCCAGCGCGAGGGCGGGAUGCGACGACGGGGCUCUGUGUCCCGAGAGGCCCCCGGCCAGAAGGGCGGAGGCCUCGCGACAGAAAACGAAACGCCAGCCGCAGCCGCGCAUACCGAGCAGGGGAUCGAGAAUGAGUCUGCAAGAAUAGGCGGUGACGAGCGGCCAAUCACCCAAGCUCCUGACGGUGGCGACGACGACGUGCUCCCCUUCGAGAACCCUUUCCGAAGGACCCUCACGCUGCCCCCGCGGGCCAUGUGCAGGCGGUGCCCGACUCAAAGGACUAGUGAGAGACGGAAGGUGUCCUACGUGCAUUCCAAAACCGAACCCGACAAGGAGAACGUGAACAGCACCAACAUGGUCCUUCCGGGCGACGCGCCCUACGGCACCAGGGCGGCGCCCGCAUGGAGGGGCAAGCGCAACUCCACGUCCUCCACCGGAUCGGGGCUGUCGCGCUUCACCUCCACGACCACCACGGAUGAGGGCGUGUGCCUGUACAGCGAGGGCGGCAGCGUCACUUCCUCGUCCGCCUACGGCAGCGUGCGCGGCGGGGCGUGGAGUGCCAGCAGUGUGGACGAGGGUGUGAGCGUGUACAGCGCCCCGUCCGUAGCUUCGUCGGCCGACCUGAGUUCGGCCUCCAGCCUGUACGAGCGGGCGGGCGCGCGACCCAAGCUGCGGCUCGGGCCGUCCGCGCGAGGGAUCUUCCACAAGAAGGCCAGCGAAGAUGACGAUGAGAAGUGCCACCGGUGCCAGCGCGAGGCCGCGGGCGGCGCGCCCACUCUGCGGCGCGCCCGCAGCCUCCGCUCCCCGCGGCACCUCCCUGUCACGCCGACUCUCCUCAGGCUGUUGCAAUCUGCCAACGUCGCAAGGCAAACAAACAAACUGCAAGUGAACGUGAGCCGUACACCAGCGGGGUUUUUUGUCGGUCUGGAUCUCACAGUGACUCCUGACCUCGUACAGUCUAAAUAUCUUGAGGUCACUUCAGAGACCCGCCGGGGGCACGAGACAGGAAAAGAAGAUGCAUUUGGACUAUUAGACUUCACAGAAAGAAGAUUUAUAGAGGAAGAUGUGGACCAAAAUCACUUCACUAUCACCCUACUAUUUGGAGAUUCGUAUAAUUGUGCCUGGUUGCUUAGCAGGCAUGACUUGUAUAGGUAUAUUGUAACAUAA